AUGAUCAGCUUGAAACGAUGCUAUAGGAAAUAUCGCCCUCGUCAGGGCAAAUCACAACGUCUACAGAUCCUCCAGUGGAAUGCUGGAGGGAUGUCACAGGACAAAAAGAUCCAAGUACAGAAAAUCCUACAAACCAAUGAUGUAGACAUUCGGACAAUUAUGGAAGCAAACCUUUCGGAUGACAAACUGAAGUACUACCAAUUCCCAGACUUCAACCUGUACCUUCUACCUAAAUACCGGCAAGUUGCAAUUGGAAUUCUGACUAGAGUAAAAGAAGGCCUCGCCUCACAUUACGAUCCAAUCAAGAGUAUCGGCUCGAUACAAGACAUGCGAAAUAAUCAGAUUAAAUUAUUGGAAAUGCCAAAACCACUUCAAGAUAUAUGCAGUCUAUAA